UUUUUUUUUUUUUAAAUCUAUAUAAUUAAUAUAUUAUACAAUAUGUCAGGAAAAAAGAAAGCUCAAAAGAUGUCAUUGUCUGACUUUUUAGCAGAUGACAGCAAAGGUGGUUCAUGGGCUGAUGAUGUUGUCGAUCUUCCUACUGCUCCUGCUGCCAAGGAAGAUAGAUUCGGCUCUCGUGGUGGUGACCGUGAAGACCGUAGAUAUAGCCAUGACCGUAACCAAGGUGACCGUAGUUAUGAACGUCGCGGAGGUUUCGAACGUCGUGGAGGCUUUGAACGCCGUGAACGUGCACCUCGCGCACCUGUUGAACUUCCUACUCAACCUCCUUAUACUGCUCAUAUUGGCAACUUGUCUUUUGAUUGUAAUGAAGAUGAUUUAAGUGAUUUGUUUAAUAAAUUGAAAGUAUCCAACAUUAAGCUUAUUCGUGAUCGUGAAGGUGGUAGAUCAAAGGGUUUUGCUUAUGUUGAAUUUGAUGAUCUUGAUUCUCUCAAAGGUGCUUUAGAAUUAACAAAUGAACAAGUCCAUGGACGUGAAAUUCAUAUCAAUGUUGCUGAGCCUCCCCGUGAAAAGGAACGUACUCGUCAACCUGACCGUACUGAUGUUGAUACAUGGCGUCGUUCUGGACCUAUCGAAUUUAACGAACCUCCUCAUCGUGGUAGUGGUUUUGGAGGUCGUGGUGGUCGCAACGAUACUUGGGGUCGUGGCAAUAACCGUGAUAGUUUUAAUAAUCGUGAUCGUCUCUCCGAACGUCCUCGUCUUAAUCUUAAGCCUCGUUCCGCUGAUUCUGUAUCUUCUCCCGCACCUGUUAGAUCUGAGAAUAGUAACAAGGUUGAUCCUUUUGGUGGCGCAAAGCCUGUUGAUACAGCAAGUGUUUUAGAUAAAAUCGAAAAGAAGCAUGAAACUGAUGUUAAACAUGAAUAAAAGCAGAACGAG